AUAUCGACGCCAUUCUCCAAGAGCUGAAGAUCACCCCCGCAGAGGGAGCCGCGGCGCGCGGCGCUGCCACGGCGCGCGGCAGCGGCGGCGCGCAGCCGGCGUCUGCUGCGCUGUUGGGGGUCGACGUGCGGCGGCUCAGGGGGGAGGAUGAGCUGCGGCGGAUCUUCGGGGCGGGCGUGAUAGAGGCGGUGGACAGGCAGGAUGCCGCAGAGUCCGGCAGCGGCCGCGGCGGCGGCGCCGCGCGCCGCUACGGCUGGGCGCCGCGCAACGCGCCGCGGCGGCGGCCGAUGAAGCGGGGCAUGCUGAUGGCGCCGCGGGACGACUGGCCAUACUAUGAGCCGGGCACACUUCUGAUGGAAGCCGCGGGGACGGCCGCGGACGGCACGCCCAUGUACGUCUGGCCCGGGCCGUACCGCGGGGCCCAGGCGCUGUUUGAGCAGGCGCAGGGCAGCUACGACCCCAACGCGGUGGCCGCCGUCCUCCACCAGUGCCCGUACCACGUUGACUCGCUGCUAGCCAUGUCUGACCUGUACCGCGCCAUGGGGGAGGGGCAGUACGCAGAGGAGAGCCUGAACAGGGCGCUGUACGCGCUAGAGGCCGCGUGGAGCCCUGCGUUCGACCCUGCUGCCGCGCGCUGCCGCCUGGACAUCGAGGUCCCCGAGAACAGGGCGCUCUUCGUGGCGCUGUUCAGGCACGCGCAGGCCCUCAGCCGCCGCGGCUGCCACUCGUCCGCGCUUGAGGUGGCGAAGCUGCUGCUGGCGCUGGACCCGGGGGACCCCCUGGGGGCGCUGCAGCUGGUGGACUACCUGGCGCUGAGGGCGGGACGCUACGGCUGGCUGGAGCGGCUAGUGCAGGGCUUCGACGGCGGCGCCGCCCUGGCCCUCCUCCCAAACUUCGCCUACUCUCUGGCCCUCGCGCGCUACUGGAAGGAGCAGCGCGCCGCGGGCCCCAGCGGCAGCGGCAGCGGCAGCAGCGGCCCGUCCAAAGGGGACAAGGGGGACAGAGGCUCGCAGGCGGCGGUUGCUGACGAGGACGAGGGCUCCGCUGGGCCGCAGCCGAGCAGCCACGAGACGCUGGUUUCGGCGAUGCUGCUGCACCCGCUGGUCGUGCCGCAGCUGAUGGGCCGGCUGCAGGGGCAGGGCGUUGGGAAAGACAGCUGGUGGGGGGCGCUGCUGCAGCGGCGACUGUUCCAGGGGGCGGGGGACGGCGGCAGCGCGUCGCUGGCGCACCUGGUGUCUAUAUUCGUGGAGCGCAGCCACCUGCUGUGGAAGUCGGCGGACGUUCAGGCUUGGAUGCGCCGCGCCGCCGACGCCGCCGCAGACGCAGCCGAUGGAAAGGCCGCCGCCGCCCCCGCGCCCGCGGCCCCCGGCGCCGUGGCUCCUGCGCCGGCGCAGGCGGCGCCGCCCCUAAGCGCCGACGACUGGGCCGCGGUGGCGCGAGAGAGCUUCCCGGCCACAGGGGAUAACGAGUUCAGGCACCUGCGGCUGGCGGACUUCAGCGACGCGGUCAAUGCGCUGCCCAGGGAGGAGGUGGCGGCCGCGAUGGAGGCUGGCGGCGGCGCCGGCGGGCUGCAGGACGUGAUGGAUGAGGCGGUGAUGGCCCAGAUCCAGGAGGCCAUGCUCGCCGCCCAGCAGCAGCAGGAGCAGCAGCAGCAGCAGCAAGGCGGCCCGGGGCAGCAGCAGCAGCAGCGCUUGAGCGAGGCGGAGCUGCAGGGGGCGAACCCCCUGAUGAUGCUGCUGCGCUCGCUGCUGCCCUGGGUGGACGCGGGGCAGGCGCCAGAGUACGGGGCGGACGACGAGGGUGGCGGCGGCGGCGGGCAGCGGCAGGGCGGCGGCGGCGGCGGAGGGGCGCCGCAGUGA